AUGGAGGCUUCGACUAUGAUGGCCAGCGGAAAUGUCGGGGUACGGUCCCGCAGCUUGCCUGCGCGCUUCGUUGUGGCGAGCAUCAUCGAAAAGCAGCAGCGCGAGAUCGAGCGGCUGAUGAUGGAGAACGAGAAGCUUCGCCGGCAAAUGUCUGACGUGCCACCGUUGAAGGACCCGUCCACGCAGGGAGUUCCUCGGACUACACAAGAGCCCGAUCCGGACGCGCCUGAUCCCUAUUAUCAGCUUGCGUGGGUUCCAGCGUCGAUCUUCGGAAUCUGUUACUAUCCUUUUGCGUCGGAAGAGAUCAGACUGGGCAUCAUCGUCAUCGUUAUCCUAAACCUUCUUCAAGUUGUAGUUUGCUUUCCGAUUGCGGUCUAUCAGUUGAAAAAGUAUGAGGCCGCCAUGGCUGCUGGGAUUAUGUCAACUGCCGCAACCACCAAAAACGUCGAAAAAGAUCCAGAUUCCGACUCGGCUUGUUAUGUA